CUGUAUCCAGCCAAUAUGCAUCAGACUUCAGUUUCAUCUUGUUCAAGUCAGACAUCAACAUGAGGGCAUCUUUGGCAAUCGCUUCAAUCUUGGUGGCCUUAUUGGCUGUCCACGCUACCGGCUUGAGAAUCAAACACAAUGAUUCAAAAAAUAACCAAAACAACCAACAGUUUACCUUAUACGACGAUGAAUAUGAUAUUAACAAUAAAAACAACAACAACUACAAUUUGAACAACAACAACAACUGCAAUGACAGAAAUUGCAACAACAACAAUAACUGCAAUGGCAGAAAUUGCAAUUUAAACAACAACAACGGUUUGAACAAUAACAACAACUUCAACAACAACGGUUUGAACAAUAACAAUAACUUCAACAACAACGGUUUGAACAAUAACAACAACUUCAACAACAACGGUUUGAACAAUAACAACAACAACGGUUUGAACAAUAACAACAACUUCAACAACAACGGUUUGAACAAUAACAACAACAACGGUUUGAACAACAACUACAAUAACAACUACAACAACAACUGCAACUACAACAACAACAACUGCAACAACAACAACGGUAACAAUGACUACGACAAUUCGUUUGAGGCCAAGGACAAUGGAAAUAAUUCUGGCGAGCAAUACGAAAGUUCAAAUAGUGUCACUGUCAGCCCAUCCAACAGUCUUAGCAACGGCAUUACUAAGAAAUUCGCCGCUCUGGAAAAGAUAAUCGCCAACGAACAACAAAUUUCCAACAACAACAUCGGAGUCCAAGACAUUCAAAACCCGGUCAAUGUAAGACAAGUUGUCGUCAAAAUGUCCCGUCAGUCGACGCCUCAACGCCACUUCGUCAAUUUCCAAAACGGUCAGAUGACGAACAUAGAUAACGGCCACUUAGAAUACGUGUCAAUUAACCAGAGAAACGACAAUGUGUUUGUCCAAUACAAAUUCAAUCAGCUCAAGACCGUCGGAUCUUACAAAUCAGAUUUGCCCGAGGCCCAAAACGGUCGAUUCAACGUUCAGCUCAACAAUGUCCGCACCGACGUGUCGUCCAGUUUCAACGCCGGCCAAGGUAUCAUCAGACCCGCCCAGUUUGAAUACGCUGACCUCACCAUCAACAACGAGAAUGGUCAAGAAACUCAAGUUUUGAACGAGCCCGUCCAACAGAAAUACUUGAACGUCUUGGAACAGACCAUUUCCAACGCAGUGUACGAAUCUACCCACAAGGGAUUGUUGGCCAAGCUCAAGGCGGAAAUCCAAUCUCCCAUUACAUUCAACAACAACGGCCAACAAGGAAAAUUAUACGACAUGGCAUGGCAAGAAAAUAACAACAACAUCCAAAUGAACAACAUUGGUGUGCAAAACAUACAAAACAACCACAAGCAAAUCGAUUCCAUGUCCUACACGCGUAUGGACGCCAACACCUACAGAGUACGUUUCACCACCAAUUUGAACGAUGUCCAAUGGAACGGUGAUUUCAGCGGCAACCUUAAUGGAAACAACGUGCAGGCCAAAUCUUGCAACUUCAACGCCAACAACAUUCUCGUCCAAGUAUCCGUUGUCAAGUCGAUUAACAACCAACAGUGCCAGAAUGUUAGAACCAACGUUAACGUCGACGGUCUGAGGUACAGCUGCGAUGGACAAAUUCAACAGAACAUUGACAACAUAAUGCAACAGGAUAUGCCCCGCUUCAUCAAGCACUCUUUGGAAGCUUACAUGAAGAAGUCUGUCGGACAAGAAAUCUGCAACAACAAAUACAACCAGAACAACCAAUAAUGUGGUGGUAUAAUGCUAUUUGAAUAAACAUUUUUUAACGUA